AUGAAGCUCUUCAAAACGGCUGUGCCGGUGUUCUGUCUCCUACUCGUUGCAUCGGGAGUGAUAGCCCAGCAAGACUACAGCUGUUCCUCCACUAGGCCAUGCAAACUUGGUUGCUGUGGUAAGAAUAAUGUCUGUGGCCUUGGGCCUAGCUAUUGCGCACCCGCGAAUUGCACUUCCAGUUGCAGCGCCAAGAGUGAAUGUGACCCAGGCUGGGGAUCCGCUUGGAGCCAGAGAGAGAAGUGCCCUCUGAACGUAUGCUGCUCCAAGUUUGGCUUUUGCGGAACUACCAAAGAGUUCUGCGGCGACAAGAAGGUCAAGGCACCAAGUUGCCCUGGUGGCUCUUCUGCAGGCAAGCGAGUGAUCGGCUACUAUGAAGGGUGGUCAACAACAAAGGCCUGUAAUGGACUGAACCCUGAGGACUUACUCUACACCGCUUACACUCAUCUCAACUACGCGUUCGCCUUCAUUGACCCGACAUCAUAUAAGAUUGCGAAUAUGCAAGACUCCGACUCGAAGUUCAUGCCACGACUCACAGCACUGAAGAACUACAACCCUGGGAUGGAAGUCUGGAUUGCCAUCGGGGGUUGGAGCAUGAACGACCCUGAUCAGCCGACCAAGCGCACGUUUUCUGAACUGGCAGCAUCAAAAGCGAAGCAAGACGUCUUCUUCUCAUCUCUCCUGUCUUUUAUAAAUAAAUAUGGCUUCGAUGGUGUCGACAUCGACUGGGAAUAUCCCGUGGCCGAGGAACGCUCUGGCACUCCUGCAGAUUACAAGAACCUGGUCACUUUUCUCAAGAAUCUGCGCGCGGCACUGGGAACUAAGGGCCUCACUAUCACGCUCCCAGCAUCAUAUUGGUAUCUCCAACACUUCGAUCUCAAGAACAUUCAGCCAUACUUGGACUGGUUUAACAUGAUGAGCUACGACUUACACGGCACCUGGGAUGGCACGAACCCUUAUCUGGGACCGUACGUCAACAGCCACACAAACUUGACAGAAAUUGACCGUGCCCUCGAGCUUCUGUGGCGGAACGACAUCGACCCCAAGAAGGUCGUUAUGGGCAUGGGAUUCUACGGGCGUAGCUUUACUCUCUCGAACCCAAGCUGCAAGUCCGCCGGUUGUGGCUUCAGCGCCGGUGGUAUCCCAGGCAGAUGUUCCGCGUCUGCUGGAACACUGAUGUUCUCUGAGAUCCAGGAGAUUAUCGAUAAAGGCGGAGCUCAAGUGACAACAGACAAAACAGCAGCCGUCAAAAUUGUCACUUGGGGCGGUAAUCAGUGGGUGUCUUACGACGAUGAAGAGACGCUCAAGUUGAAGAUGGACUACGCCAACGGCAAAUGUCUUGGAGGCGUCAUGGUCUGGGCUGCAUCAACAGACGACGCCAAGGGGACUGCAAUCAAGGCUCUGGCGAAAGCUUCAGGCCGAACCGACUUGUCGAAAUCUCUCUUCGCCAAAGCAGUCAGCAGCGACCCCAGCCAAUGUGUCUGGGGCGAGUGCGGUGCAUCGUGCCCAUCUGGUCUCGUUCCGGUCGAGAGUUCUGGGAGCAACGCAAGUCCACUUGGCAUCGAGCUUGGAUGCAACCAGGGAAAGCGCAACUUCUGCUGCCCAUCGAAGAACCCUCCAACCUGUAAGUGGAAGGGAAGUCCCAAGUUCUGUGGCGCGCUCGCGAAGAACCGAUGCAGUGGCAAGGAGAUCGAGAUUGCUGCCAGCACAGACGGAUGCUGGACUGGACACAAGUCUUUGUGUUGCACCAAGACUGAUUCAACAAGUACUCUUGACUCUUGCGAGUGGCUUGGUGCUGCCCCGUUUUGCUCAGCUGGCGCGACUUUCGGAUCCAUCCUUGGACUCGGCACAACACCUGUUGCUGGAGCAUUCUCCUUCCUUUCGUACGGCUGUCCCAACAAAGACAAGCCGAAAGAGCUUACCACUGGGAAGCAAGGAGAGGGUGGCCAGCAGACGUGUGCCUAUAACGGAGGCUUCAAGAGCUACUGCUGCAAAGAUCCCGUGCCUUGGAAAGAAUGCAAAUGGCGAUACGGAAACACUGCCUGGGUUCAAUGGAAGCAGAUACUGUCCGGCCCCCUCGCCAACCUCUUUUUCGACUUUUCAACAGACUGCAAGACCGGCUGUGAGAGUGGAGAAGUGACUGUCGCAACUGAUGGCUUUGGCUGUCGCUCUGGGACAUACUCUUAUUUCUGCUGUGGUAACCCGAACACGCCUGUCGAGCCCAAGUUGCCGGAGAUCAGUCUUUGUCCCAGCCCAGCAAACUUGCCGGACUUGUCCACGGUCCCAGAAGGAGGCUCGAGCCCCAAGAACGUGUUCAAAGAAGGCGAUGUCUUUGAUGAUAACUGCAUACUGCCGCCGACUAACAAGAGGCGACACAUGAUCCGAGCUGCUCGUCCGCAUCAGAAGGGAUUUGACAGCAAUGGCACGAGCUCGGAGGAAGCAGAGCAUCCGGUGCUCGCUGGUAUGGAUACUUCGGAUCUCUUUGGAAGGUCGUUGGAGAAGCGCGGUGCCAGGGACGUUGCUAUGAAAUUGUGUGCACCCGGCAAGCAGAGCAGCAGCAUCUACACUCAGAACUACCCCGGUGCGACCAGCAUCAUUCGCACUACUGGGAAGGCUUUCACUGUGGCUAAGCAGGGUGUCUGUGCCGCCGUUGGAAUCACAGCUCUGACAAAUCUUGAUCCGAAUACUAACUGGGUUACGGAGCAUGUUUUCGAAAAGCAGGAGUUCCGUGACGCAGUUGAGUGGAUGAUGGAUGGUAAUACACCGAAGGGUGUUGCUCUCACAGCCGGGAAAGCCCCCUUUACUGGAGUCUUCGACCUCAAUGGCCUGUUCCAAGAUACCUGGCCUUCGAAGACGUAUACCACCCUCACCAUUGUUCGAGAUUGGGCGGGCAACAUCAACGACGCUUUCACAGGUCUUCUUGGUCGGACGUCGGAUGCAGGUCUCAAUAACGCAAACGUCGUCAACUUGCAAGUCUGUGACGCCGACUUCAACCGCUACAAAGAGUUCAUCGUCGCCGGGAGUGACUUCAUGAGCCAAGCAACGUGGAAGAACUACAGCCCCACAGGCCGCAUCGCCAUCUUGUCUGAUGUGAUUGACACCUUUGCGUAUCGAGGUGAAGUAAGCGUCAUUACCUCAUACCAAAAAACAUACGCUUCACUGGCCACCCUCUGGGGCGACUUCGGUCGAUAUGCUCUCAGCAAGGGCGUCAGCUACGACUUUGCGUCCGCGUGGAAGCAGAUUGUUCCCGCCAAUCUUGAGAGUCAAGUCUCAUCCGCUCGGACACUGUUUGAGAGCUAUGUUAAGAGCGAGCUCACGUUCUGGAAAUCGACUGCUGCCGCGACAACGUACUCACCAGUAGUCGUCAAGGAAAUGACCGACAAGCUGACGGACUGGCAGGGGAAAGUGACGACACUCAUCGCGCUCCCAAUUAGCAAGAUGACAGCUUGAUUUUGUUAAGGACCCUGCAUUGGACUUUCUUUCUUCUCGUAUAAUAUAGACAUAACGAAACGUUUUCCCCGUCUCCCACUUCAUUGGUGGUGUUGGUCUAAUCCACCUGCUCUGCAGUAUCUCGCAACCACAA